AUGUCUCUUCAAGGAAACGUCUUCAAACUCGCCAACGGUACUACUAUUCCAGCAGUCGCCUAUGGAGCCGGAACCAAAUGGUUCAAAUUCGGCAACCCUGAAAUUAGCGAGCCUUUGAUCCAAUCUUUGAAAUUUGCUGUCAACAACGGAUUCACUCACGUCGAUGGUGCCAUGAUCUACGGUACCGAUCGUGAAGUUGGUGCUGCACUUUCUACUGUGGACAAAUCCAAGAUUUUCCACACAAACAAGUACAUGGGAAAUUUUGGCACCAACAAGCUUCCAUAUGAAAAUCCUUUGGUUUCUUUGAGAAGCCAAUUAAAGGACUUGAAGAUGGACCAGGUUGACUUGUACUUGCUCCACCACCCAUUCUUCACUAAGGAGAACAAUGGCUAUGAAUUGAAGGAUGCCUGGAAAUUCAUGGAGCAAAUUGUAGACGAGGGUUUGGCCAAGUCCAUUGGUUUGUCUAACUUUUCCGUCGAGGACAUUAAGACUGUUUUGGAGAGUGCCCGCAUCAAGCCUGUUGUCAACCAGAUUGAGUUCAAUGCCUACUUGCAGAACCAAACUCCUGGUAUUGUUAAGUUCUGCCAGGAUAAUGACAUUUUGGUUUCGGCCUACUGCCCAUUGGCUCCAAUUCUUUUGGAGGAGCGUGGAGAAUUGAACGAUUACCUUGACAAAUUGGCUGAGAAGAACUCCAAGACUCCAGGUCAAGUUUUGUUGAGAUGGGUUCUCCAGAGGGGCGUUCUUCCAGUCACUACUUCUUCUAAUGAGGAGAGAAUCGUUCAGUUGAACAACCUCUUUGACUUUGAGUUGACUGCCGAGGAGGUCCAGCAAAUCAAUGACUUGGGAAACAAGCACACAACUUUGAGAAAGUACUGGAAUGAGGAGUACGAUCAGUACAAUUAG